ACGUGCAAAACAAAAAAGUUUUAAAGCUAAAUCGCUUUCAAAAGAGUUAGCAACCAGACAAAGAAGAGACAGAUCACCGCCAACCAAUCUCGUCAUCUCAUGCAUCAUAAACCAAAUUAACAAAAUCAUCCAUUUAAUCCAUUUGUUUUCAUCAGAUCAUCCGUUUUCUUCCUAUACAAGAAAUGGCGAAUUACAUGUUCGAAGCAGCACAGCUUAGAAGAGGUCUAAAACCUAAAGGGAAGACUUAUGGGUUGACCAAUCAGAAGAGACGAGAGAUCAGAGAGAUAUUUGAUCUUUUCGACAUAGACGGUUCAGGUAGCAUCGAUGCUAGCGAGCUCAACGUUGCUAUGAGGUCUCUUGGAUUUGAGAUGAAUAAUGAGCAAAUAAACGAAUUGAUGGUAGAAGUAGAUAAAAACCAAAGUGGAGCCAUUGAUUUCGACGAAUUUGUGCAUAUGAUGACAACUAAAUUCGGAGAACGAGAGUCCAUAGACGAAUUGUCUAAAGCGUUUAAGAUCAUUGACCAUGACAAUAAUGGGAAGAUUUCACCUCGUGAUAUAAAGGUGAUUGCUAAAGAAUUGGGAGAAAAUUUCACAGAUAAUGAUAUUGAAGAAAUGAUCGAAGAAGCAGACCGUGACGAAGAUGGAGAAGUUAACUUCGAGGAGUUCAUGAAGAUGAUGAAAAGAACUUCUUACGGCUAAAUGUUAAUUGUUAUGGUUAUGGAUAAAAAAAAAAGUUAUGGUUGUGGAUAUUUGUUAAUCACUUCAAUAAAAAAGGUUGCUUGUAUAAAAAUGUGUGGUUGUAUAAAAAUAAUAAUGCAUCAAUUAUUUUGAAUAUGUAAA